GGUCCCGCGGGCCUCCCCGUUGCCCCCGUCCUGCAGGCUGGGCCGGGCGGGUAGCGUCGCUCCCGACACUGGGUGGCGCUGCAGCCCCGCUCUCCCGGCUCUCUCCGAGGAGCCAGAGCGAUUCCUCCGCAGCGUCUCCGCCCCCCGCCAUGGCCGACGUGGAGGACGGAGACGAGCCGGGCGCCCCCCACGCUCACCCGGGCUCCUCGGGCGCCAAGGCGGGCGCUGCCGACAAGAUGUUCUCGCUGAAGAAGUGGAACGCGGUGGCCAUGUGGAGCUGGGACGUGGAGUGCGACACCUGCGCCAUCUGCCGGGUCCAGGUCAUGGAUGCCUGCCUUAGAUGUCAAGCUGAAAACAAACAAGAAGAUUGUGUUGUUGUCUGGGGAGAAUGUAAUCAUUCCUUCCACAAUUGCUGCAUGUCACUAUGGGUGAAACAGAACAAUCGCUGUCCCCUCUGUCAACAGGACUGGGUGGUCCAGAGAAUAGGCAAAUGAAAACGUUGGCAGUUUUUCUGUUGAACUUGUUUCAAGCAAUAUAUGUCUGAUGCCAUAUAUCAAUAUGAAAGAGAGGAACACUCGUGAUUCAUUCAAUUUAUAUCUAUGUUAAAAGAAUACUAUGGUUUUGUUGUGCUUGAACAUGCUCUAAUGUGUUGGUGUGCCAUUUUCUCUGAUCUUAUUUCAACAUCCUUCCACAGCUAAGGACCAUAGGAACACUACCUUAGAGUCUGUCUCUCUGACAGUGUUCUGGUGUAAAUUGUAUCAACUGCUUAGAAAUGCUGUGGUGCCGAAAAUACACAAUUACAAUCUACCUUAUGUUUUUGGUAAGGAAAUGUAAGAAACCAAUCCAUUCAAAAAGGCCUUGUUUAUGCCUGAUAUGCUGUAUAAUUGAUUGAAAAAAAGAAAUUCUUGCCAUUCAAAUAAUACUGCAUCCACACCAAACCCACCAUAAAUAAUUUUGCCCGAUAGUGAGUUUUUGACUAAAAUAAAUAGUGUGUGAAACA